AUGUCAACAACUAGGGAGCAGCCAAUCUUCAGCACCAGGGCCCACGUCUUCCAGAUCGACCCCGCCACCAAGCGGAACUGGAUCCCUGCCAGCAAACACGCCCUCACUGUCUCCUACUUCUACGAUGCCACGCGCAACGUGUACCGGAUCAUCAGCGUGGGGGGCACCAAGGCAAUCAUCAACAGCACUAUUACUCCCAACAUGACCUUCACCAAGACAUCCCAGAAAUUUGGGCAAUGGGCAGACAGCCGAGCCAACACAGUCUAUGGCUUGGGCUUUGCUUCGGAGCAACACCUCUCCCAGUUUGCAGAGAAGUUCCAGGAAGUGAAAGAAGCAGCUCGUUUGGCAAGGGAGAAGUCCCAGGAUAAAACAGAGCUGACCAAUCCUGCCCUGAACAUCACCUCUCACCAGGUACUGCCCAGCCCCAUCAUCAGCUCCAAUGGGCCAGGAGAAGAUAAACUCUUCCGGAGCCAAAGCGCCGAUGUGGAGAUAACGACGGAGAAGGAGCGGCUGAAGAAGAUGCUCUCCGAAGGCUCGGUGAGCGAGGUCCAGUGGGAGGCCGAAUUCUUCAGCCUGCAGGACAACAACAACAAGCUCGUGGCUGCUCUCCAUGAAGCCAACGCCAACGUGGACCAGUGGAAGAAGCAGCUGGCUGCCUACCAGGAGGAGACGGAAUCGCUGCGGCAGCGGGUGGCAGAACUGGAGUCCCAGGGGGCUCACGACUCCUCCAGUGAGAACAACAAGGACGAGCUGAGCCAAACCCUGGAGGAGCUGGAGCUGCUCAUCAAGGCUAAAGACGAGGAGAUUCAGAUGCUGAAGAACCAGAAGUGUGGCCGGUGGGAAGCAGAGGGGGAGCGUGAGGAGACGCUGCAGAAGCUGCAGGAGCUGGAGGCACGCAACGCAGAGCUGGAGAGACGCCUGCACCUGGCUGAGCAGACCCUGGCAGAGACCCUGGCUGAGAGGGAGAAGAUCCAGAACGAGGUCACCAAGGUGGCAGAGAUGAUGGAUGUGAAGAUAUUUGAGCUCAGUGAGAUCCGGCAGGGACUGGCCAAGCUGGUAGAGAGCAACUGAGCAGCAGCACCCUCCGAGGAGACACCUCCAGAGGAGGGGAGCCCGAGCUGGGACUGAUCACUGGCAGCAUUCACGGUCACACAAC